CUGCCCAGCGGAGCCCUGGUGAUCAGCAACGCCUCGGAGGCAGACGCCGGCCUGUACCGCUGCAUGGUGGAAAAUGUGGGGUCGUCGAAGUCCAGCGACGAGGCCCAGCUCCAAGUAGUGCCAGAAACUGGAGAGAGAGGGAAGCUGGAAUUCCUGGUGCAGCCUGCAGCGGUCUUUAAGGUGGUGGGGGCCAGCGUGCUGCUGCCCUGCGUCGUCAUGGGUUACCCUGCGCCACACAUUCGCUGAUGUUUUGGAGACAAGUUGCUGGAAGAAAGUGAGGGUCGUGUGGAGCUGCUGGGAGGAGGCAGUAUUCAGAUCUUCAAUCUCACAGAGGAGGAUGCCGGCAUUUACACCUGCAUGGCGGACAAUGCCAACGCAACCAUUGAAGCCCAGGCCCAACUCACCAUACAAGUUCCUCCCCAGUUUCUCAAGCGGCCAGACAACGUUUACGCCUACGAGUCCAUGGACAUCGUCUUUGACUGUGAGGUUUCAGGCUCCCCCGCUCCCACUGUCAAAUGGGUCAAGAAUGGAGAUGCUGUCAUCCCCAGCGACUACUUCAAAAUAAUUAAGGAGCACAACCUGCAGGUCCUGGGUCUGGUGAAGUCAGAUGAGGGUUUCUAUCAGUGCCUUGCGGAAAACGAUGCAGGAAACAUCCAGUCCAGCGCUCAGCUCAUCAUCUUGGAUCACGAUGUAGCCCUGCCCUCUUUCCCCCCCCCUUCACUGACUCCUAACACUACUGACCAUGUAACGCCAGGCUCCGGAGGUGUAGCCGGUCCAGCGGGGCCCUCCCCCUCCGCCCCUCGAGACGUUGUGGCUUCGCUGGUCUCCACUCGCUUCAUCAAGCUGACCUGGCGCCCGCCAGCCGAACCUCACGGAGACGAGUUAACCUACUCUGUGUUCUACAGCCAGGAGGGCACCAGCAGGGAGCGGGUAGUGAAUACCAGCCGCCCCGGGGAGAUGCAGGUCACCAUCCAGAACCUCAUGCCAGACUCCAAAUAUCGCUUCAGGGUUGUGGCCCAUAACAGCAACGGGCAGGGAGAGAGCUCUGCAGCGCUCAAAGUGGCCACCCAGGCUGAAGUUCAAGUGCCCGGUCCUGCUCCGAACCUGCAGGCGGUGUCCAACACGCCCACCUCCGUCUCUCUGAGCUGGGACAAACCCAUCACUGGCAACGGAGAGAUGCUCACCUACAAGGUGUUCUACACAGACAAAAGCUUUGACAACGAACAGGACGUUGACGUUGACAUUCAGUCCUACACCAUGACAGGCCUGAAGAAGAACACAGAGUACAGUUUCCGUGUGGUGGCCAACAACAAGCACGGGCCGGGGGUCUCCACUGACGAUGUGGCCGUUCGCACGCUGUCUGAUGUACCCAGUGCUCCUCCUCAAAACCUCACCCUGGAGGUUCAGAACUCAAAAAGCAUCAUGCUUCGGUGGAACCCCCCACCCUUUAGUGACCAGAAUGGGGAGAUCACCGGCUACAAGAUCAGAUACCGGAAAGGUUCCCGUAGGAGUGAAGCAGCCGAGACCACCGGAGGCACCCAGCUGAACAAGAUCAUUGAUGGUUUGGAGCGUGGGACUGAGUACUCCUUUCGGGUGUCGGCCAUUACUGUGAACGGCACAGGGCCGGCCACCGAGUGGACCACAACUGAGACGUUUGAGAGCGACCUGGAUGAAUCCUGUGUACCCGACCAGCCCAGCUCUCUCCACGUCCGGCCGCUGGUCAACAGCAUCGUGGUGAGCUGGACGCCUCCAGAGAACCAGGACAUUGUGGUGAGGGGCUACACCAUCGGCUAUGGCAUCGGUAGUCCCCAUGCCCAGACCAUCAAAGUGGACUACAAGCAGCGCUACUACACUAUCGAGAACCUCUUCCCCAGCUCCCACUAUGUCAUCACCCUGAAGGCUUACAAUAACGUGGGUGAGGGGAUCCCGGUGUACGAGAGCGCCAUCACCAGACCGCAGUCAGACCCCAUAGACCCCGAUGUUGACAUGUCUAUCAACUAUCAUGCUCCAUACACCCCAGUACCAGACCCCUCUCCCAUGAUGCCGCCUGUGGGUGUUCAGUCCUCCGUGCUGAGCCACGACACCAUCAAGGUGACCUGGGCCGACAACUCGCUGCCCAAGAACCAAAAGAUCACAGAUAACCGCUUCUACACCGUCCGCUGGAAGACCAACAUCCCUGCCAACACUAAAGUGAAGAUGGCCAACACCACCAGCCUGAACCACAUGGUGACGGGUCUGAAGCCAAACACGCUGUACGAGUUCUCCGUCAUGGUGACCAAAGGGCGCCGCACCAGCACGUGGAGCAUGACUGCUCAGGGCACCACCUUUGAAACCAUUCCCAGCUCCUCCCCGAAAGACGUUACCGUGGUGAGCAAGGAGAACAAACCUCGCACCAUAAUCGUCAACUGGCAGCCUCCCUCCGAGGCCAACGGGAAGAUCACUGGCUACAUCAUCUACUACAGUACAGAUGUCAACGCUGAGGUCCAUGACUGGGUUAUCGAACCAGUGGUUGGCAACCGCCUGACCCACCAGAUCCAGGAGCUGACGCUGGACACCACUUACUACUUCAAGAUCCAGGCCCGAAACUCAAAGGGCAUGGGCCCCAUGUCUGAGGCUGUACAAUUCCGAACUCCAAAGACUGAGUCCUCUGACAAAAUGGCUAAUGACCAAGCCUCAAAUCUGCCACCCAAGCAGGGCAACCCAGGAAACCAUCCAGAUAGUGGUGGAAAUCCAGUUGGUAAAUCAGGGGUUGGAGGCAACAGUGAAGGUCACAUCUUGGUCAUCGUCAUCAUCAUCUCAGUGGGAGCCUUCACCAUCAUCGUGGUGGUGGUCGGGGCCUUCCUGUGCACACGGCGCACCACGUCCCACCAGAAAAAAAAGCGGGCUGCCUCAAAAUCCUCAAACGGCUCACACAAAUACAAGGGAAACUCCAAAGACCUGAAGCCCCCUGAUCUUUGGAUUCACCACGAGAGGCUGGAACUCAAACCCAUGGACAAGUCGCCGGAUCCCAACCCAGUCAUGACGGAAACGCCCAUCCCCCGCACCUCGCAGGACAUCACGCCGGCUGACAGCAGCCUAGAGAACAACCCCCACCUCCAGCAGCGGCGAAACUCCUACCGCGGCCACGAAUCAGAGGACAGCAUGUCUACACUAGCAGGCCGACGAGGGAUGAGGCCUAAAAUGAUGAUGCCUUUUGACUCACAGCCGCCUCAGCCUGUGAUUAGUGCUCAUCCCAUCCAUUCCCUUGAUAACCAUCACCACCAUUAUCACAUGGGCAGCCUGGCGUCGACAACACGCAGCUACAUGUACCACCAGGGCGGCGGGCACCCUCGCCCGCACGCCUGUGCCACCCCCAUCUCCCAUCUAGAGAGGGUGGACUCUACAGAGUCGGUGAGGAACACCCCCAGUUCAGAGCCCCUCCCCCCAGCCACCGCCUCCUCCCAGGUCUCCUGCCCCUCGGAGAUCAUGGUGGACCCUGAGGGCAGUUAUCACGGUUCCUCCACCACCGAGGAAGAGCCCAGCUACUCCAGCAACCUGCCCCCGCUCCGCUCGGCACACCCCCACGCCCACGCCCACCCCCUCAAGAGCUUCGCCGUGCCUGCCAUCCCAGCCGGCAGCCAUCCGUCGUACGAGUCGUCUGCCCUGCCCAGCCCACAGCUGCACGCUCAGGCCGGGAUUCCUACUCACCCCCAUGUUGUUAAAACAGCCUCUAUUGGAACACUAGGAAGGACACGAACUCCGAUGAUCGUCACCGUACCCAACGCCCCUGACGUACCAGAGACCAGCAAGAUGCUGGAAGAUGUCGACAGCGUGCUUGCCUCCCUCGCACCCUGCCCCUCCCCCGCCCCCCGCAGUAACCCUGUUCCUCUCCCUCAGAGCUACGAGCCCGACGAGCUAACCGAGGAGAUGGCCCACCUCGAGGGUCUCAUGAAGGACCUCAACGCCAUCACCACAGCGCCAUGAGCACGCACACACACCUACACACACACUUUCUCUGUCAUCCACACGUACACACGGAAAGACACACACUCUAAAGUCAAACAAACACACCCAAACAGGAACCUUGGGAGCCAGAUGCUGGUGGACACAAAAUUGCUUAUUGUGCCCAAAACAAACUCUCACGUCCCCUUGCAGAAAGAAACAAACUCCAGACUGAAACUUUUUUCGGCUUACCUUGCUCAGUCUCAGGAAGGAGAUUGCCAUGAGAGGGAAGACAAAGUGACGCGCUUCAUCUUUUAUGAAGAACCAUUCUCAGAGACAAUGAACUUUAAAACAUUGGUCGCUUUCAACCGGAAGAUUGUGAAUUUUUUCCUCCGCAAAAAUAUGUACGUAAGGUUUUUUGUGGCGAACGUUUGCUCAAGAUGAGACAAUGGUUUCAAUGUCAAGUCAAAAGGACAAAGUCCAAAAAUAUGCUGGUUUUGAUGUUGGUGCUCAUGCAGCGCAGUCUACACACAGUGUUUGUUUGAUUAGUGUUUUCUUUGUGCAUUUUGUAUAUCUAUUGGGCCGUUUCAGUGAAGUGAACAUUGGAUAUCAGCCCCCCCUCCCCCUUUACAAGCCUACAUUCAUAAACCUUGUCAUUUUAUUUCUGUUUUUAUCCCCUUGUGUCAUAUAUUGUGCCAUGACUUUUUGUUAUUUUCUAUGUUAUUGUAUUGUUUUUUUACACACAUAUCCUUAUAAACAUGUACAUAUGUUGUGUUUUUUUUAAACUGCCUCAUUCUUCUGAUGUUUCCCAUUGUUUCAUUAUUAUUAUUUUGGAUGAAAGGUGGGAUUAAGAGUGAGUCCUGAAGCUCAGUUUUCAUAUCAAAAGGGGAGAGAAGCCGGAUGUGUUUUACAGUACAUUCUUCUCUGGCAUAGUGUUGUCCCCUAUGUACAUUAAAAACCUUUUAUUUCUCAGUCUUUUGUUUGAUGUGGGAGCUCCGUUUUAAAAGCCUUACCAACCUGUUUGUAUGUUGGAGACGUCUUGACUUUUGCAGAUGUCGCUCGGAGGUGUGCUGCGUUUCUAUGUAGUUCUGUGGGACAGUAUCCCCUCUCAGGUCAGGGGUACCUACAGUAGGACUCAGGGCGCUGACCCCCACCCCUGCAAAAAGAAGAAAUCACCCAUUAAUCAAUCAAUCAAUCACCUGCAACAGACCAGUUAUCUUUUGUAUGAGAAGUGAUCAAAAGCGUGUGUCGUUCCCAAAAACCAAUAUUUGGUUUUCGGUGUCCGUACUGCUCAACCAUGUGUGCGUUUUCCCACAGCAAUGUGUGCUGUUUCUUUUCCUGCUGUCCUUCAUCAAAUGCCCUGGUUCUUUAACAAAUCUUACAAGAUGCAAAGAUGUUGGCCUUUUAAAUAGGACUCCCGGAUUUCUUUUUUACAUGGUAGUUUUUGUAUGAAAAAAAAAGAAGCUUGUUCUAUACACAAAUCUGAUGUAAAAAGAAAAAAAAGUUCAUCUAAGAAACUAGUUUUUCAUUACCCUCUACCCAAAGAAUUUGUCAUUUGCAAUCAUAGUCAUUUGCUCUACUUUUGUGAAUACCAUGUUUCUCAUAAAUGUACAUCGUCAUGAAUGUCAAUAUAUCUGUAAGAGAUUUUAACUAUGGAUACAAACGAGGAACACGUUUUAGGAAAAAAAUGAUUGAAAACAAACUGGGAAGAAAAAGGACCGGACUCCAUUUGGGAAAUAAUCUAUUGAGUUGUAAACAGUUGAACCUGUAUUGCACUUUUUCACAAUUUUUGAAAAGUACAUUUCUUAUACAUAUCUUGUGUUUUAAAUAUCAAAAAGCUGUUUGUGUAACGUAGUGUCCUAGGUAAGCAGCAGGCAGCUGGUCUUGUUUUUUUUUAAUGUUUUUUUUAUUAUUAUUUUGCUUCAGAGAUGAAAAUGAAUUUGAGCAGCCGAGUUGUUUACUUUCCAGCUCAUGAUGAGGAAUUAUGUUGUUGCUUGUUCAUGUACAGAGAUUUCUUUGCUUUCUGUAGAAAAAAAAUCUGUGGCUUUUUAAAAAACGUUGAAAAAAAGAUUUGGAAAAAAA